GUUUUGGUGGAACGGAAAAACAAUACCCUACAUCGAUGCUUCAUUUCUGUGGAACAUAUCACGUGGUAAAGUCACAACAGAAACUCUUUUACAGCAGAUCUAAGUUUGGAUCAUAAAAAAAAGCUAAAAUCGGAUUAAUUCCCUAUUCAUAUCCAAUUGCAGCAGAAAAAGAAUGGAGCUAAUGUUUCACGUGACUGUCAUCUUUAUGUUCAUGCAGGUGGUUCCGAGUCCACAAGCUGGCGUCGUAUAAGGGAAGCUUUAGUGAUGAGCAGAAUCCAGCAGCUAAGUCUGUUCUCAUCCUUGAUUUCGAUUUAGGCAUUAUGUAAUAAAUCUCAAAGCUGUGCUUCAUGUUGCAGUUAAGGGGCCGACGAUGUAAGCGAGGAAUGAGCCAGCAAGUCUAUCUUAACCGAAUCUGGUUCUUGACGAGCCUCACUCCCACUCUCUGAUACCCCGACGACUUUCCAAGAGCUGCCUUUAGCCCACAAUAUGGAUAUCAAGGAGUCACAAUCUCUCCUCGCACACAAAAUCCAUCAAUACGUUGCCAGUUCCACGACGCCGGAGGCCCACACGCUCGAGACAUGGACCUCGACAAUCAAUACAGGAGACGACGUUGAACAGAGAUAUUGGAUUAUUUAUGUCCAUGGAGGUGCUUGGUGGCGACCCAUGAUCACGGCUUCUUCAUUCGCGUUGACAGUGAAGCACCUCAUGGCAUCACCGAGAUCCUCUCACAUUGCAGGCUUCGCAUCACUCAACUACAGACUUUCAGCACCACCUCCUCUACCUCAGUUCGCGCAGUUCGCAGAACCUGAGAACCCUGCUCGCAAUGUCAAGCAUCCAGCUCAUCUCAACGACGUCAUCGCUGGUCUCCGAUAUCUGCAGCAGGAACACAGCUUCAAGGAGAACUAUAUCCUCGUUGGCCAUAGCUGUGGAGCGACUUUAGCCUUUCAGAUUCCCAAUGGGGUCGAUGUGGAGCCACCAUCAGCAGUGAUUGGCGUCGAAGGAAUUUACGACUUAGGAAAACUUAGAGAUGAUCACGUGAACGUUCCCAUGUAUCAAUAUUUCAUAGAGAGUGCUUUCGGAAAAGACGAGCAAGAGUGGAAAGACGCAAGUCCGGUGAGCCAGCGGAACGAAAAAGGCUUUUCAUGGCAAAGAUCAAAAGUUGUGGCUUUGGCUCAGAGUGAUGAGGAUGAACUGGUGAACAAUGCUCAGCGGGACGCGAUGUGGGAAGUUAUGAAAAUGAAUGAAUCUGCGGAUAGGAAGGACAUCCUGAUUUGGUUGACGGGAAAACAUGAUGAAAUUUGGAGAGAAAAAAACCCAGAACCACAACUGAAGAUUGCCAUUGAGGAAGUGCUGAGUAGAUUGUGAGAUGAGCUCACGUGUAUCCACUUUUAUUCGCUCUUUUAGGUCCAAUUCAGGGCUCACUUAGAGGAGGAUACUGCGACGAACUGUCCUCUUGACAAUUUGAAAGUACACAUCAACGUGAUGUUGAAAGAAAGGUUAUGCGAUUGUAUCAGCAUUAUACAGAUGUCUAAGCGAGGUUUGAAGAUAAGUUGGAAGUCGCAAACAAAAUCUGCC